GCCAUGGUUCGUCAUCACACAACACACGCGAGGGGCUCACCUUCUCUCACUCAGAUGCAGACACACAUAAAUCACUCACCACACAAAUCACGUGCACUGCUGACAUGAAAGCUUCAUCGCACGGCCCGUCCGUCGAUCGGUCGCCGAGAGAUAUCUAUGACAGCGGCUCCACACCACACCACGACUCACACACGCAAUGACAUCCACGAAUUCAUAGCUAGAUACAGGAGAAGACACUCGAUAAGAAUCACGCAACGGGCAGCACGUAGAGGCAGCGAAAGGGACGCAAAUGGGAAGAGCAGCAGACCAGUGCAGUGACGCUCGUCACAGUCGAGAAUGCCCGCCGACAUGCACAGUGACGCUCUCAACCACCACACACAGUGUCCCUCUGCCAGUCACUCACUCACUCCUCGCCCACCCCCUCCUGCCCGUCCGCAACGGCGAGCACGCUGGCCAUCGACGCAAGCACACGUGCAGGGUUGUUCGUCUUGUAGUUCUGCAGCACCUCGUACGCCAUGCCGAUCUCCUGGAAGCGCUGAGUGUCUCCGCCCCUGUCCGGGUGGUAGAUCUUCGCCAACACGCGAUACUUGCGCCGGACCUCGUCGAAGCUGGCGUCAGGGUGGACGCAGAAGAUCUCGUCAGCGAUCUGCUUGGCCCUCUCCAUCGCCUUCAUCCACUCCUCGCGCAGCUUGGCCAUCGCCUGCUCGAUCUUGUCGAUCUUCUCCUCUUUGGUCAACGGCACCAAGGCCUCGGCAAGGCUGCUCGUCAGACCAUAAUGGCAGUCGACAGACCCGCAGGCAAUGCUAGCGGCCAAGACCCCGAGGCCGACCAAUGGGGCGAAGGGGCCGCUGACGGGGAUGAAGGCAGCACAGCUGAUGCCCAGGUUCACCGCAGUGCUCGCAGUGGUGCCAAAUGCUUGCCGGCUGCACUGCCUCCACGUCAGGUCUCCCUUCCAGCAGGUUCUGUACGCCACAUCCCACAUUAUGGACACCACUCCACACCCCACCAUGGCGAUCACGCCGGUCGACUGGGAGAGGCCCUUGAAAGCCUCGGCAGCGACUGUCGCCUCCUGGAGGGCGUAUUUGGCUGCCUGCUUCUGCAGUAGGCGAGAACCGACGUGGCAGCCUCCGCCCCAUAGCGCCCCAAUCCCAGCGCCUUUUGCAGUGUCCGCAGCCACCAGCAGCCCAACCUCCUCCCACUUCCACUCGGGCAUCUCGGCCAGCUCUCCGCGUCUGUAUGCCUCCUGCCCCUGCUUGUGCUGCAGGUACCGGCUGCCGAGGGACAUGGCACCACUCACAGCCCCCCCGACCACAGCGGCCGUGCGUGCCGCUCGCAUAGCCCCUCCUGUGACGCUCUGGUUCGCCUGCAGCUUCAGCUCUUGCCUCCGCUGCAUUGCCUGCCACUGCUCCUCGGACAAUUUGAGCAGGCCGUUGAUCUCGUCUCGUGUGGGGUUCCCGCUUGAGACCUCUCCAUGCUCGAGCUUGUCGCUGCUGUUUGCUGUAGCCUCAGACACUUUCCCCUUGCGAGUCACAUCGGUCUGCACGUUCUUCAGAUGGUCUUGAGGGACGACGUAGUCGAUAUCGCCAGGGGUGGUCUGAAGCAGCUCCUCCUGAAGGCAAACAGACACACAGAGACGAAAGAGGAGUGACAUGCGGUACUGUAUGUCCGCUAUCUAUGCAUCUCUGCCCACCCGGACUCCUGGCGGCAGGUUUUUCAUGUUCGUGAAUUUCUCCAUGUAGCCCUUGAGGGUGUCAGCGUCGGAGUACUUGGCCUUGUGGCCUCGCACAUGCCUCUUGGUUGCUGAUGAGUUGGCGUACGCCUUGGUCUGGAUGCGCUUGACAACCUGCUGCCCGACGGGAAGGCUCUUAUCCACAAUGAUGAUGUCCACGGGCCCGUUCCCCCCCAGACGAAUCGCCUGCACGUCUUGAUUGCCCUUCAUCUGCGCAUUGUAGUUGAAGCUCGACGUCAGGUACUCCUCGUACUCAAAGCCGUGCCUCCCCUUUGUGUGGGCAGCCCAUUGAGUGCGGACGCCCUGAAAACUCUCGCGCAUGUCCGCCACCUUUUCGUUGUAGCUGUCGGCUGCCUUGUUGUACUCUGCGAUGUACUUGUUCUCGGCCGCGGUCCGGGUGUUGUUGAAGUCGAUCCCGCCCUGCUCGACGCCAGUAGUUGUGCCGUGGGCAGCACCAAACACAGAGCUGGCGGAAGCCGAGGGUGUCGUGGAUGGUGGAGGGCUCUCGUGCUCAGGUGGCGCUGACGAAGCGAUGGGCAGCUGGCCAGGCUCCUCAUUGUUGCUAUCUGACCGACCAGCAGACAACACACACUCACACACGUGUGAGACUGACGAACACUGGACAUCCAUCCUCUCUGUUCACUUACACUACACUCACCCGCAGUGCCCUGGAGCGCCUUCUUCUCUUGCUGCUUCCGCUGGAGAUUGACGUUGAGGUUGUUAGCCGUCGUGCGGGUGCCCCUGAUCGCCUCUGUCAGGGCACCGUCGAGGUUGACACUACUGACGGUGUGCAGUCGGAAGGAGUCGCUGUAGACGAGUGCCUUGAGGUGAAGGCGCUCGUAGGGGCCGUGGCCGACGGUGUACGUGCACUCCCACGUCCUUGUGGAAUCGCCACUCACCGCCUUCCACAAUAUCUUGAGUCUCACAAUCUCGCCACGCUCCACAGAUGCCACGAAGCACGGCACACUCUCGACUUCCUUCUCUUUCCUCCUCCGCUCGAUAAGGAACGUGGCAGCAACAACUAGGGCGACUGGAAUGGAGAGUCUCAUCUCAGAUCUCUUUCCAGCCGUCGUCAGGUCGUAUCUCCUCUCAAUCAGAGCCAUUCUGAGAGGGUCCUUUCUCCGGCACUUGCUCAGUCGAUGAGUGGUGCUGCAAGAGCAUCGCUCAAUCUCCAGCUGCUCGUAAGAGGCUCCGCUGAAGGGCAGAGGGUUGCGGGGGUCGUGGCCCUUCUCCGCUGGGAUGGAGUAGUUGUCACACGAUAUCUGGAGCUCGACUGACAUCGUCGCCGAAAGAUUGUGAUAGAUCUCGCCCUCUCAUCCCACAGGACACCAAAUCUGAUGCACACG